AUGAAUUUAAUGAAAAGACUUAACAUAUUCAGUAGUUUAUUAAUUAGUAGAAGUGCUUCACUUAAAAUGAAGAUAGAAAGGAUGGCUCCUGUUAUUCCCAUCUCACUAGAAACUUCCAGCUCGAAAGCUGCAGAGUAUCUUGCCACUGGACAAGUUAUCGCAGUCCCUACAGACACGAUAUAUGGUUUAGCUUGCAGUGCCAACUGUCCUGAAGCUAUAAAGAAACUAUACAGCAUAAAAGGCAGAGAUUCCGCCAAACCAGUAGCAAUAUGCGUAACAUACAUUGAUAAUGUACGUAAAUGGGGCAACGCAGGACAUUUAAGUGAUGAUUUACUGAACAGUUUACUACCUGGCCCUGUUACAGUAGUGUUAGAAAAGACCAAGGAGUUGAAUAAUCCGUAUCUCAACCCGAAAACUACUAAAAUUGGUAUUAGGAUACCUGAUCACAGUUUCAUCAAUAAAGUUACAGAGAAUUUUGAUAUGCCAAUAGCACUGACUAGUGCUAACUUUAGUAAUGAGCCAUCUACACUGUCUGUAAAGGAGUUUGAACACUUAUACUGUCAUUUGGGGGCAGUAUUUGAUGGAGGCAUGCUAAGUCAAGGCUUGGACCAAAACAGGACGGGUUCUACUGUGGUGGACCUGUCCAAAAUUGGAUGUUAUAGUAUUAUAAGAAGGGGUAUAUCAUACGAACAUGUUGUGAAAGUUUUAGAAGAGAAUGGUCUAACCAGUUGUUAAGUUUGUUUUUAAGACAUUAAUCAGUGAGGACAUGUUUCUUCCUAUCACUAAGAUUAGAGUGAAUUCUUAUACUUUUUGAGUAAAAGUGAUAUUAUGCCUCCUGUUGUAUGCUAAAUACAAUGUUACUUUGACACUAUUAAAGUUAUAAGUGUACCUAUGAUUGGUUAUUAUUUAUUGAAAUAAAAUAAAUCAAAACAAUU